AUGGCGCCAAGAGGAAGACCACCCAAAAAGACUGCCGAAAAUACGAGAAUGGAUGCUGCUAUGGAUGCAAUGGGACAAUUUGGUUUUAAGAAGAAACUUGUUUGGAAAACGGUUGAGGAGCUUCUUGAUGUUUAUGAAGGGACUCAAGGAUGGCCCUUUAUUGAAGAGGGUUCUUAUAAGCUUCUACUUGAAAGUUUACUUUACAAUCAACAAACUUGUGUUGAUGACAAGCUAUCAGGAAAAGAGGGUUAUUUGCAGGAUGAUACAAGAAGGGAUGAUGUUGGUGAGAUAUCAUCAGCUGCUACUCUCAAAACAGGAAUGACUGAAGUUGGCUCCUCUGGUCUAGUAGCUCACGACUCCUUAUCGCGUGCAAGUGAUGAUUUGAACUUUACAUCUCAGACCAAUGAUCAUCAUCAAGAUUCUGCUCCAACUAUUAAUCAAGAAAUAGAAGCUGAUGAGAAGGAUACCAAUGUGCCCACUAAGAGAGUUGAAGAUCAAAAAGGCAUCAGUGUAAAGUCUAAAUGA